AUGGGGGUGGCUGUUAGCGAAUAUUGGGCAUUAAAGCUGUUGGUUUUGGUAUCUUUGAAGAUGAUGAUGGGUCACUACGAUAAUCAUCACCGUCCGUUUCCAUCAUUUGGAGAUAGUGAUGGUCCCAUGGGAAAUGACAACAGGGCUAAGACGAGUAAUAUGUACCAUGUUUUAGCUAGCAGUAGUGAUUAUGGUUCUGGUGCUGCUGCGGCUACUGUUGGUAAUGGCGGUGCAGUUGGUUUGAGGAUUCUACAGCCUUUUGACAUUUCAUCCACUUCAUCGUCUACUGCUCACACCGCCAUCAAAUCCCCAGGAGAGAUGGCGGCAUGUUUAGAGUUUCCUUUUACAUUCUCACAAAGGAAGGAGCUUGAGAGACAAGUCAUGAUAUUCAAAUACAUGAUGGCUUCCGUUCCUGUGCCUGUAGAUCUCCUUCUUCCCUCGGUUCCAGUUGCUUCCCACUCUGCCUUGGGUGGUGGUGCUCUGAAUCUAAGGCUGGCAGGUAGUGGGGAUGUUGAGCCAGGGAGGUGCAAGAGAACAGACGGGAAAAAAUGGCGGUGCUCGAGAGAUGUGGCGCCUAACCACAAGUACUGUGAGCGCCACCUGCAUAGAGGUCGUCCCCGUUCAAGAAAGCAUGUGGAACUUCCUAAUAAGAGGACACGUCACACCCAUGGUCAAGCUCUUCCUUCAUCUUCCUCCGCCGUUCUCACCAAGAUUGCUUCUCCGCCUCUAGCUCAGCCCCCUCGCCAGAAUCAGACCACUUGGUUUCUUGAUAAGCCACAUGAAAAAGCUGCAACCUUUUGGCCUCUCACCUCUGUUUCUUCCUACAAGGAACCCAGGAUUUCAGACUGGACUAUGAAUGAACUCAUUCCCCUGGCUGACCAGCAGUGGCAUCAGCUCAUGCAAAUAGGGUUAGCUUCCGAUGGUUCCAUGACCGAUGCCAACAACUCCUUCGUUCUGGGCCAAAAUUAUGCUGCAGGAGAUCAACAACCGAACAGUUUCCCUUGGUUUCUCAAUUCUGAAAUAGAGAAGUCCGGUGAAAGUACACCUAGAGGCUUCAUCGAUGCUUGGUCUACUGGUGUAUCAGGUGACAGCUCUGGAGCCGAAGCCUCUGUUUCCAGUAACGGAAAACUCUCUCUUUCCUCACUUUCCCUGUCAAUGGGAAUCAAUAACAUCACGGAUAACGAGUUGGGAGUGUGCCAGUAUGACGAGGACCAUGAAUACGCUUCCAUAUCACGGCUUUCAAGCUGGUUUACACCUGGCUCCACCACGCCCGGAGGCCCACUGGCCGAGGUUUUAAGGCCGAGCUCCGCCACCAAAAGCAGCUCUAACCUAUCUUCUCCCGUCACUGGGAAUGGAAAUUCUUGUAGCCCACCGGUGACAGCAGUGUCUUCACCGUCUGGUGUUUUACAAAGAACUCCUGCUUCAAUGUCUGAUAGCAUCGGUAGUAGCAGCCCAACACUGGUUAGUUCGAGUGUCAAACCCGAGAUCAGUUUGAUGUGGCUUAAAGGAAAUAACCACCACCCCUUUUCAAGAAUUGAAGCUUUUAAUAACUUAUUAUAG